AUAAUACUUCUCCACAUCUGCUUCAGGAAGAAAGUGCCUGCCAUUCUUAUCAUUUCUAAGCAGGUUCAUGCCAGCCCAGAACAGAGAAUCAGAAUUAGAAGUGUGUCUCACCAACCAGCCAAGAUGAACAUGGUGAAGAGGAUCAUGGGGCGGCCGAGGCAGGAGGAGUGUAGCCCACAAGACAACGCCUUAGGGCUGAUGCACCUCCGCCGGCUCUUCACGGAGUUGUGCCAUCCUCCCCGGCACAUGACUCAGAAGGAACAAGAAGAGAAACUGUAUAUGAUGCUGCCAGUGUUUAACAGGGUUUUUGGAAAUGCUCCGCCGAAUACAAUGACAGAAAAAUUUUCUGAUCUUCUGCAGUUCACAACACAAGUCUCACGACUAAUGGUGACAGAAAUUCGAAGGAGAGCAUCAAACAAAUCCACAGAGGCUGCAAGUCGGGCCAUAGUUCAGUUCCUGGAGAUCAAUCAGAGUGAAGAAGCCAGUAGAGGCUGGAUGCUUCUGACGACAAUUAAUUUGUUAGCUUCCUCUGGUCAGAAAACUGUGGACUGCAUGACAACAAUGUCAGUGCCUUCCACCCUGGUUAAAUGUUUAUAUCUGUUUUUUGACCUUCCACAUGUGCCUGAGGCAGUUGGAGGUGCACAGAAUGAGCUACCUCUAGCAGAACGUCGAGGACUACUCCAGAAAGUUUUUGUACAGAUCUUAGUGAAACUGUGCAGUUUUGUUUCCCCUGCGGAGGAGCUGGCUCAGAAAGAUGAUCUCCAGCUUCUAUUCAGUGCAAUAACCUCUUGGUGCCCUCCCUAUAACCUGCCUUGGAGAAAGAGUGCUGGAGAAGUCCUCAUGACCAUAUCUCGUCAUGGUCUUAGUGUCAAUGUAGUGAAGUAUAUUCAUGAGAAAGAGUGUUUAUCUACAUGUGUUCAGAAUAUGCAGCAAUCAGAUGACCUGUCUCCCCUAGAAAUUGUUGAAAUGUUUGCUGGGCUUUCUUGUUUUCUCAAAGAUUCCAGUGAUGUUUCCCAAACACUUCUGGAUGAUUUUCGGAUAUGGCAAGGAUAUAAUUUUCUUUGUGAUCUCUUGCUUAGAUUGGAGCAAGCAAAAGAGGCAGAAUCCAAAGAUGCCUUGAAAGAUCUGGUUAAUCUGAUAACUUCCCUAACAACAUAUGGUGUCAAUGAACUAAAACCAGCUGGUAUUACCACAGGGGCACCGUUUUUAUUGCCUGGAUUUGCAGUACCUCAGCCUGCAGGCAAAGGUCACAGUGUGAGAAACAUCCAGGCCUUUGCAGUUCUUCAGAAUGCAUUUUUAAAAGCAAAGACCAGCUUCCUUGCCCAAAUCAUCCUUGAUGCUAUCACAAAUAUCUACAUGGCUGACAAUGCCAAUUACUUCAUCCUGGAGUCACAGCACACAUUGUCACAGUUUGCAGAGAAGAUUUCUAAACUCCCAGAAGUACAAAACAAAUACUUUGAGAUGCUGGAGUUUGUUGUUUUUAGCUUAAAUUAUAUUCCUUGUAAAGAACUUAUUAGUGUCAGUAUCCUCUUAAAAUCUAGCUCUUCUUAUCACUGUAGCAUUAUUGCAAUGAAAACACUUCUUAAGUUUACAAGACAUGACUACAUAUUUAAAGAUGUGUUCAGGGAGGUUGGCCUUUUGGAGGUCAUGGUAAACCUUUUGCAUAAAUAUGCUGCCCUGUUGAAGGAUCCAACUCAGGCACAAAAUGAGCAAGGGGACUCAAGAAAUAAUAGUUCAGUUGAAGACCAAAAACACCUGGCUUUAUUGGUUAUGGAGACCUUGACAGUGCUUCUUCAAGGAUCAAACACAAAUGCAGGAAUUUUUCGAGAAUUUGGAGGUGCAAGAUGUGCACAUAAUAUAGUAAAGUACCCUCAAUGCCGGCAGCAUGCCCUGAUGACUAUCCAGCAGCUGGUGCUCUCUCCAAAUGGGGACGAUGACAUGGGCACUCUCCUGGGGCUAAUGCAUUCAGCCCCACCGACAGAAUUGCAGUUGAAGACUGAUAUUUUAAGGGCCCUCCUGUCGGUCCUUCGAGAAAGCCAUCGUUCAAGAACAGUUUUUAGGAAAGUUGGAGGAUUUGUGUACAUUACAUCCUUGCUCGUUGCUAUGGAAAGAUCUCUGAGCUGUCCACCCAAGAAUGGCUGGGAGAAAGUGAACCAGAAUCAAGUAUUUGAACUUCUUCACACUGUGUUCUGCACGUUGACUGCAGCAAUGCGCUAUGAGCCAGCCAACUCUCAUUUCUUCAAAACAGAGAUUCAGUAUGAGAAGUUGGCAGAUGCUGUUCGAUUUCUUGGCUGCUUCUCAGACCUAAGAAAAAUAAGCGCCAUGAAUGUCUUCCCCUCAAAUACACAGCCAUUUCAAAGACUUUUAGAGGAAGAUGUAGUCUCAAUAGAAUCAGUGUCACCCACGUUACGGCACUGCAGUAAACUUUUUAUUUAUCUUUACAAAGUAGCCACAGAUUCUUUUGACAGUCGUGCAGAACAGAUCCCUCCUUGCCUGACAAGUGAGUCUUCUCUCCCCUCUCCUUGGGGUACACCAGCUUUGUCCAGGAAAAGGCAUGUAUAUCAUUCUGUUUCAACUCCCCCUGUUUACCCUCCUAAAAAUGUUGCUGACCUGAAACUACAUGUGGCAACUUCAUCUCUCCAGACUUCUGAUGCAGUCAUCAUUCAUCCUGGAGCCAUGCUUGCCAUGCUGGACCUACUGGCCUCCGUUGGGUCAGUGACACAGCCAGAACAUGCUUUGGAUCUUCAACUUGCCGUGGCAAAUAUUUUACAAUCCCUGGUGCACACGGAAAGGAACCAGCAAGUCAUGUGUGAAGCUGGUCUUCAUGCACGACUGCUGCAGAGGUGUAGUGCCGCACUGGCUGAUGAGGACCACUCACUGCACCCACCCCUGCAGCGCAUGUUUGAACGAUUAGCCUCUCAGGCCCUGGAACCCAUGGUAUUGAGGGAGUUUUUACGUUUGGCAAGUCCUUUAAAUUGUGGUGCCUGGGACAAAAAACUGCUAAAACAAUAUAGGGUCCACAAACCGAGUUCACUGAGUUAUGAACCAGAGAUGAGAAGUAGUAUGAUCACAUCUCUGGAAGGUCUGGGUACUGAUAAUGUUUUUAGCUUACAUGAAGAUAACCAUUACCGGAUAAGCAAGAGCCUGGUAAAAUCUGCGGAAGGAAGUACUGUACCCCUGACCAGGGUAAAGUGUCUGGUCUCUAUGACAACCCCACAUGACAUCAGACUUCAUGGGUCAUCAGUUACUCCAGCUUUUGUUGAAUUUGACACAUCGCUUGAAGGGUUUGGCUGUCUGUUUCUGCCCAGUUUGGCCCCUCAUAAUGCUCCUACAACUAAUACCGUCACGACAGGUCUUAUUGAUGGAGCUGUGGUCAGUGGCAUUGGUUCUGGUGAAAGAUUCUUUCCUCCUCCCUCUGGCUUAAGUUACUCUAGCUGGUUUUGUAUUGAACAUUUUAGUUCUCCUCCAAAUAACCACCCUGUCAGACUUCUUACUGUUGUACGCCGAGCAAAUUCUUCCGAGCAGCAUUACGUGUGCCUUGCCAUAGUUCUAUCAGCAAAAGACCGAUCUCUGAUUGUUUCCACCAAAGAGGAACUCCUCCAAAAUUAUGUUGAUGAUUUUAGUGAAGAGUCCUCAUUUUAUGAAAUUCUCCCAUGCUGUGCUCGCUUUCGAUGUGGAGAGCUUAUCAUUGAGGGACAGUGGCAUCAUUUGGUCCUGGUAAUGAGCAAAGGCAUGUUGAAAAACAGUACUGCAGCCCUCUAUAUUGAUGGACAGCUUGUUAACACUGUAAAGCUUCAUUAUGUUCACAGUACUCCAGGGGGUUCAGGUUCAGCGAAUCCACCAGUGGUGAGCACGGUCUAUGCCUACAUUGGUACUCCACCUGCCCAACGCCAAAUUGCUUCCUUGGUUUGGCGCCUGGGACCCACACAUUUUCUAGAAGAAGUUUUGCCUUCUUCAAAUGUUACUACCAUUUAUGAACUUGGACCAAAUUACGUUGGAAGCUUUCAGGCUGUAUGUAUGCCAUGUAAAGAUGCAAAAUCCGAAGGGGUAGUGCCAUCCCCUGUGUCAUUAGUACCAGAGGAGAAGGUGUCGUUUGGCCUCUAUGCACUCUCUGUGUCUUCUCUAACAGUGGCAAGAAUCCGGAAAGUGUAUAACAAAUUGGAUAGCAAAGCCAUUGCUAAGCAGUUAGGCAUUUCCUCACAUGAGAAUGCCACUCCUGUGAAGUUGAUACACAAUUCAGCAGGACAUCUUAAUGGAUCUGCACGGACAGUUGGGGCCGCUCUGAUUGGAUACUUGGGAGUAAGAACAUUUGUCCCUAAGCCUGUUGCCACUACUUUGCAGUACAUUGGUGGAGCUGCAGCCAUCCUGGGCCUGGUGGCCAUGGCCUCUGAUGUGGAAGGGUUAUAUGCAGCAGUCAAGGCCCUGGUUUGUGUGGUCAAGAGUAACCCACUAGCCAGCAAAGAAAUGGAAAGAAUCAAGGGCUACCAGUUGCUGGCAAUGUUGCUUAAGAAGAAACGUUCCCUUCUCAACAGCCACAUCCUCCAUCUAACUUUUUCUUUGGUGGGAACUGUUGAUAGUGGACAUGAGACCUCCAUUAUUCCAAAUUCGACUGCUUUCCAGGACCUCCUUUGUGAUUUUGAAGUCUGGCUCCAUGCACCAUAUGAACUUCAUCUUUCCUUAUUUGAACACUUUAUUGAACUACUCACAGAGUCCAGUGAAGCUUCAAAGAAUGCCAAAUUAAUGAGAGAAUUCCAGUUAAUCCCAAAGCUGCUCCUGACUCUUCGAGACAUGUCUUUAUCCCAGCCUACUAUUGCUGCUAUUAGUAAUGUGCUGAGCUUCUUACUGCAAGGUUUUCCCAACAGCAAUGAUCUGCUCAGAUUUGGCCAGUUUAUUUCUUCUACUUUGCCAACCUUUGCAGUUUGUGAGAAAUUUGUAGUAAUGGAAAUAAAUAAUGAAGAGAAGCUUGACACUGGAACUGAAGAGGAGUUUGGAGGUCUUGUAUCUGCUAAUCUUAUACUUUUGAGGAACAGACUUCUGGAUAUCUUGCUAAAACUAAUUUAUACAUCUAAAGAAAAGACAAGCAUUAAUUUGCAAGCUUGUGAAGAACUGGUGAAGACACUGGGUUUUGACUGGAUCAUGAUGUUUAUGGAGGAACACUUACAUUCCACCACAGUUACAGCAGCCAUGAGGAUUCUUGUUGUCCUACUAAGUAAUCAGUCUAUUCUCAUCAAGUUUAAAGAAGGACUCAGUGGUGGAGGAUGGCUUGAACAGACAGAUUCUGUCUUAACUAAUAAGAUUGGAACUGUAUUAGGAUUCAAUGUGGGCAGAAGUGCUGGUGGGAGAUCGACAGUCAGGGAGAUUAACCGAGAUGCUUGUCAUUUUCCUGGUUUUCCAGUCCUUCAGUCAUUCCUUCCUAAACACACUAAUGUCCCUGCCCUCUAUUUUCUCCUCAUGGCAUUGUUUCUGCAGCAGCCAGUUAGUGAGCUGCCUGAGAACCUGCAGGUCAGUGUGCCUGUCAUCAGCUGCCGGAGUAAGCAGGGUUGCCAGUUUGACUUGGAUUCCAUCUGGACAUUUAUCUUUGGAGUUCCUGCCUCCAGCGGAACUGUGGUCUCUUCUAUCCAUAACGUGUGCACAGAAGCUGUUUUUUUAUUAUUGGGAAUGCUCCGCAGCAUGCUGAAUUCACCUUGGCAAUCAGAAGAAGAGGGAUCUUGGCUCCGAGAAUAUCCUGUGACCCUGAUGCAGUUCUUCAGAUAUUUGUAUCACAAUGUCCCAGACCUUGCCUCCAUGUGGAUGAGCCCUGACUUCCUGUGUGCACUAGCAGCCACCGUCUUCCCCUUCAAUAUUCGCCCUUACUCAGAGAUGGUGACUGACCUUGAUGAUGAAGUUGGAUCUCCAGCAGAAGAGUUUAAAGCGUUUGCAGCAGACACAGGGAUGAACAGGAGCCAAUCAGAGUACUGCAAUGUGGGCACCAAGACAUAUCUGACCAAUCACCCAGCUAAAAAGUUCGUUUUUGACUUCAUGAGGGUCUUAAUCAUAGACAACCUCUGUCUCACCCCUGCCAGCAAGCAAACUCCACUAAUUGAUCUUUUGUUGGAGGCUUCCCCUGAAAGGUCUACAAGAACUCAGCAAAAAGAAUUUCAAACUUACAUUUUGGAUAGUGUGAUGGACCAUUUGCUUGCAGCUGAUGUAUUAUUAGGGGAAGACGCAUCUCUGCCUAUUACCAGUGGAGGAAGCUACCAGGUAUUGGUGAACAAUGUGUUUUAUUUCACACAGCGUGUGGUGGACAAGCUUUGGCAAGGCAUGUUCAACAAAGAAUCUAAACUUCUUAUAGAUUUUAUAAUUCAACUAAUUGCACAGUCAAAGAGAAGAUCACAGGGAUUGUCACUGGAUGCAGUGUAUCACUGCCUCAAUAGGACCAUCUUGUACCAGUUCUCACGGGCACACAAAACUGUUCCUCAGCAAGUAGCUCUGCUUGAUUCACUCAGGGUUCUCACUGUAAACAGAAACUUGAUCCUAGGACCUGGGAACCAUGACCAAGAAUUUAUUAGCUGUCUGGCCCACUGCUUGAUCAAUCUACAUGUUGGAAGCAACGUGGAUGGAUUUGGACUGGAAGCAGAAGCCCGCAUGACCACAUGGCACAUUAUGAUCCCCUCUGACAUUGAACCAGAUGGUAGUUACAGCCAAGAUAUUAGUGAAGGGCGUCAGCUUCUCAUAAAAGCUGUCAACAGAGUUUGGACUGAACUGAUACAUAGUAAGAAACAAGUCUUAGAGGAGCUGUUCAAAGUAACUCUGCCUGUGAAUGAAAGGGGCCACGUGGACAUAGCUACAGCAAGGCCACUCAUUGAAGAAGCUGCCCUGAAGUGCUGGCAGAAUCAUUUGGCCCAUGAAAAGAAAUGCAUAAGUCGAGGAGAAGCUUUAGUGCCCACCACACAGUCCAAAUUAUCCCGUGUCAGCAGUGGCUUUGGUCUUUCCAAGUUAACAGGAUCAAGAAGGAAUCGAAAAGAAAGUGGUCUUAAUAAACACAGUCUUUCCACCCAGGAGAUUUCGCAGUGGAUGUUUACUCACAUUGCUGUUGUUCGCGACUUAGUAGAUACACAAUAUAAAGAAUAUCAGGAGCGUCAGCAGAAUGCCCUGAAGUACGUGACGGAAGAGUGGUGCCAGAUCGAGUGCGAGCUGUUGCGGGAGCGGGGACUGUGGGGCCCUCCCAUCGGCUCCCACCUGGACAAGUGGAUGCUGGAGAUGACAGAAGGGCCCUGCAGGAUGAGGAAAAAGAUGGUGCGAAACGAUAUGUUUUAUAACCAUUACCCUUACGUGCCAGAAACUGAACAAGAGACAAAUGUGGCGUCUGAGAUCCCAAGUAAACAGCCUGAGACACCCGAUGAUAUUCCUCAAAAGAAACCUGCUCGAUACAGAAGAGCCGUAAGUUAUGACAGUAAAGAGUACUACAUGCGACUGGCCUCUGGCAAUCCCGCCAUUGUCCAAGACACCAUUGUGGAGAGUUCAGAAGGCGAAGCUGCUCAGCAAGAACCAGAGCAUGGGGAAGACACUAUUGCUAAAGUCAGAGGUUUGGUCAAGCCUCCUCUAAAACGCUCCCGAUCUGCACCUGAUGGAGGAGAUGAGGAGAACCAGGAGCAGCUACAAGACCAGAUUGCCGAGGGCAGCUCCAUAGAAGAGGAGGAGAAAACAGAUAAUGCUACCUUACUGCGUCUGUUAGAGGAAGGAGAAAAGGAAAACACAACUUCUGCCAAGCUUGGCGUUUUGCAACAGUACAAUAGUCUCCAGGGAGCAGAAUCCAGUAUGCAUGAGCCAAUUAUCCCUAGAGGAGCCAGGCAAGGUCCUAGUCAACUCAAGAGAACAUGCAGCAUUUUUGCAUAUGAAGAUAUCAAGGAAGUUCAUAAAAGGAGAUAUCUCCUGCAGCCUAUUGCUGUGGAAGUUUUCUCUGGAGAUGGACGGAAUUACCUCCUUGCUUUUCAGAAAGGAAUUAGAAACAAAGUCUAUCAAAGGUUUUUGGCUGUAGUGCCGUCUCUAACGGACAGUUCAGAAUCCGUAUCUGGACAACGACCAAACACGAGUGUGGAGCAGGGAUCUGGGUUGCUUAGCACUUUGGUUGGAGAGAAGUCUGUGACUCAGAGAUGGGAGAGAGGUGAAAUCAGCAACUUCCAAUAUUUGAUGCAUUUGAACACUUUGGCUGGCAGAUCAUAUAAUGAUCUCAUGCAGUAUCCUGUCUUCCCCUGGAUCCUUGCAGAUUACGACUCAGAGGAGGUGGAUCUUACUAAUCCCAAGACGUUUAGAAACCUGGCUAAGCCAAUGGGAGCACAAACAGAUGAACGAUUAGCUCAGUAUAAGAAGCGAUAUAAAGACUGGGAGGAUCCUAAUGGAGAAACUCCCGCAUACCACUAUGGGACCCACUAUUCAUCUGCAAUGAUUGUGGCCUCAUACCUUGUGAGGAUGGAGCCUUUCACACAGAUAUUCUUAAGGCUACAGGGUGGCCACUUUGACCUGGCUGACCGGAUGUUUCACAGUGUGCGCGAGGCCUGGUAUUCAGCAUCGAAGCACAACAUGGCAGAUGUAAAAGAACUUAUUCCAGAGUUCUUUUAUUUACCAGAAUUCCUAUUCAAUUCCAACAACUUCGAUCUAGGCUGUAAACAAAAUGGCACCAAGCUUGGAGAUGUUAUCCUUCCACCCUGGGCAAAAGGGGACCCACGAGAAUUCAUCAGAGUCCAUCGUGAGGCUUUGGAGUGUGAUUAUGUGAGUGCCCAUCUACAUGAGUGGAUUGACUUAAUCUUCGGGUAUAAACAGCAAGGCCCUGCUGCAGUAGAAGCUGUAAAUGUCUUCCAUCAUCUUUUUUAUGAGGGUCAAGUGGAUAUCUACAACAUCAAUGACCCACUAAAGGAGACAGCCACAAUUGGGUUCAUUAAUAACUUCGGUCAGAUCCCUAAACAGUUAUUUAAAAAACCUCAUCCACCAAAGCGAGUGAGAAGUCGACUCAAUGGAGACAAUGCAGGAAUCUCUGUCCUACCAGGAUCUACAAGUGACAAGAUCUUUUUUCAUCAUCUAGACAACUUGAGACCUUCUCUAACACCUGUAAAAGAACUCAAAGAACCUGUGGGACAAAUUAUAUGUACAGAUAAAGGUAUUCUUGCCGUGGAACAGAAUAAGGUUCUUAUCCCACCAACCUGGAAUAAAAGUUUUGCUUGGGGAUAUGCAGACCUCAGUUGCAGACUGGGAACCUAUGAGUCAGACAAGGCUGUGACUGUUUAUGAAUGUUUGUCUGAGUGGGGCCAGAUUCUCUGUGCAAUCUGCCCCAACCCCAAGCUGGUCAUCACGGGUGGAACAAGCACAGUUGUGUGUGUGUGGGAGAUGGGCACCUCCAAAGAAAAGGCCAAGACCCUCACCCUCAAACAGGCCUUACUGGGCCACACUGAUACCGUCACCUGCGCCACAGCAUCAUUAGCCUAUCACAUAAUUGUCAGUGGGUCCCGGGAUCGAACCUGUAUCAUUUGGGAUUUGAACAAACUGUCAUUUCUAACCCAGCUUCGCGGGCAUCGAGCUCCAGUUUCUGCUCUUUGUAUCAAUGAAUUAACAGGGGACAUUGUGUCCUGCGCUGGCACAUACAUCCAUGUGUGGAGCAUCAAUGGGAACCCUAUCGUGAGUGUCAACACAUUCACAGGUAGGAGCCAGCAGAUCAUCUGCUGCUGCGUGUCAGAGAUGAACGAAUGGGACACACAGAACGUCAUAGUGACAGGACACUCAGAUGGAGUGGUUCGGUUUUGGAGGAUGGAAUUUUUGCAAGUUCCUGAAACACCAGCUCCUGAGCCUGCUGAACACCUAGAAAUGCAGGAAGACUGUCCAGAAGCACAAAUAGGGCAGGAAGGCCAAGACGAGGACAGCAGUGAUUCAGAAGCAGAUGAGCAGAGCGUAAGCCAGGAUCCUAAGGACACUCCAAGCCAACCCAGCAGCACCAGCCACAGACCCCGAACAGCCUCCUGCCGCGCAGCAGCUGCCUGGUGUACUGACAGUGGCUCUGAUGACUCCAGACGCUGGUCGGACCAGCUCAGUCUAGAUGAGAAAGAUGGCUUCAUAUUUGUGAACUAUUCAGAGGGCCAGACCAGAGCCCAUCUGCAGGGCCCCCUUAGCCACCCCCACCCCAAUCCCAUCGAGGUGCGGAAUUACAGCAGAUUGAAACCUGGGUACCGAUGGGAACGGCAGCUGGUGUUCAGGAGUAAGCUGACUAUGCACACAGCCUUUGAUCGGAAGGACAAUGCACACCCAGCUGAGGUCACUGCCUUGGGCAUCUCCAAGGAUCACAGUAGGAUCCUCGUUGGUGACAGUCGAGGCCGAGUUUUCAGCUGGUCUGUGAGUGACCAGCCAGGCCGUUCUGCUGCUGAUCACUGGGUGAAGGAUGAAGGCGGUGACAGCUGCUCGGGCUGCUCGGUGAGGUUUUCACUCACAGAAAGACGACACCAUUGCAGGAACUGUGGUCAGCUCUUCUGCCAGAAGUGCAGUCGAUUUCAAUCUGAAAUCAAACGCUUGAAAAUCUCAUCCCCGGUGCGUGUUUGUCAGAACUGUUAUUAUAACUUACAGCAUGAGAGAGGUUCAGAAGAUGGGCCUCGAAAUUGUUGAAGAUUCAACAAGCUGAGUGGAGACCACGGUCUGUAGACCCCUUCCCGAUUCUCCUGUCCCAGCUUGGAAGGCAUUGAAAACAGUCUCCGUUUACACAUCUCUUCAUACCACGUGUUUGAAGUGUUAAAAUUCAAAGGGAUCAUUGAAUAAAACGGGUGUAGAGUACAGGAAUGGGGCAGACGUGAUUCAGGUGAACAGCACAAGAAGAAUAUGAGGUGGUUCCUAGAAGCAACACUUUCCAUCUCCAAUUCUCCCUGAUGACAGUAGCUGUCUCCAAGAGAAAUAUCCUCACUUAUUAACUCUCUUUUCUUGCAUCUCAUUUUUAUAGAGCUACUCAUCCUUAUUUGGAAAAACCAACAACAAAAAAGGCUUUUAGAAAAUGGUUGUAAAUCUGACUUCUUUGCAAGUAACUGUAUAUUGUAAAUAGGUAUAAAAGGCCUUUUUUCUAAAUAAGGACUUAACUGCCUGUAACAUGAAACUUCAAACUAAACUACUAACUCAAUGAACUACUUACGGUUUGUCUGACAUCCCUCACUUACCAAUUAAUUAUAAAUAUGUUUUUUUAAAUCCCCAAAGACAUUAUCUGUGGUCUUUUUUUCCUUUCAAGCUCAGCCUGUGUGCCUGAUGUCAUUUCUUUCAAGUUGCCCACAGUAUCUCCACUUAAACUAGGCUAGUAACCAAAAUAAUGUCGACCUUCUUUAGGAAACAGCGUGGGAGAAUAGGAGUCCAGCUGUAAGAUAAACUGGAAAUAUUUGGGUGUCUUGUACCUGGCUAUGCACCACCUCAGUGUUGUUCCUACAUAAACAAGGCCCCUUUUAAACUUGUACGUGGACUGCUGUUUGGUCAAAGAAUACAUUGUUAGCAUUGCAGAAAGGUGGUCAGAUGACCAAUGCAGUGCAGGAAACAGCCCUGUCUCAACUAAUGGAAAUAUAUUUGCAUGUAACCCAAAAUUAGCUUAUCUUGCAUAGAACAUAAUAAGUAUGUGUCUUUCGUGACACGGAUGUUCUACUAUAGCUUAUUUUCAAAAAAGGGGUAAAAAAAGGAAAGAAAAAAGUGUACAGAAUUAACAUAUAAACUUUGUUGUAAAACUGAAUCAUGUCAGAACUGCUUAAAAUUAACCUUUACCAUUUAAUGUCAUCUACCUGAAAACAGUGAGAUUUAUACUGUAUCAAUGUCUAUUUUUUUGUUUUUGCUAUGAAUAUAAUUACAGUAUUUUAAUAUUUAGUUAUUUAAUUUGUUCUACUAGUUGGAUACAGAACACACAAAUCCAGGGGGAUUAAAGCUGGAAGGGGCUAAGAGAUUAGUUUACAGAGAAAAGGCUUGGUGGUGGGAUUUUUUUUAAAUGUGUGUUAUGUACAUAUAUAUAUAAAUAUUAAAAAAUGAAACAGUUAAUCUAGAUUUUAACAUUUUCAGAAACUUAGUGAUAAUAUUAUGAACAAUUCUAAAAGCCCUGUGAUUUGAAAAAUGUAGAAUCAUUAAUGGCCCAAGAUAGGCCUUCACACCCUCACAGGUGCGAAAGGAAAGGCCUUCACAUCCUCGCAGAGGUGUCAUGCAAAGGACAGCGGCUUUGGCUUUUCCAACUUUCCGUCUUUAGGCCCUGGUGAGAGGCACACUUAUGCACUAAAAUGCACAUAUAUGCACAUGCAUUCAAAAAUAGGCAUUUGGUACAAUGGUGAUCUUGUACCUGAUGGGCUGAAACCAGCUUAAGAACAAAUUUGUUCUUCCUGAUACGAUAACUAGGUCUCCAAGAGAAAAUAUAAAGGCUGCUUUAGUGCCUUACGCUUACUAAAUUUAAAUCUUUAUUUACCUGGGUUUGAGCCUACAGACUAUUUAUGAUUACAUAUCAAAAUUGAUUAAAACACUUCCAUUUCUAAAAGUUCAAAUAUACUUGUUAAUAAAAGGAUUAUCGGCAUUAAUACUUUAACUUAAAGAAAAGUUGUGUUCUGUUUUCCUUUCUGUGUCUUACUCCCCCCACACUGUCCCUCCCCCAUCACCAUCUUCAAUUCUAAUAAAUAAUGCUGAUGUUCAACAGUUGCAGAAAUUGUGCUAUCACGUAACUGUGGGCCUUGCCCCUGUGUGGCCCUCUAGAUGAGUUGUAGCAGUGUUAUUCUACACUUUUUAAAAGAAGCGUCCUCCUUUUGUCCAUGAAUCAUGUUUACCCCAUACCCAGUGGCAGAGGUGUUCUUUAAAGACUUGAAUAUAUGAACGUGUGUGUGUUGUUACUUAAAGGUUAUUCCUCUUUGUAAUAGGAAACUAUAUGAGAUGAACACUUUUAAACUUUCCGACACAACUUUCAUUACUAACUUUCUGACACGACUUCCAUAACUAGAAGGUGGAAACCAAAACCCUCAUGGUAGUAUUUCCUCUGGCAGCUGGUGCUGUGGGCAACUGUUUUGUUCAAUCGGGUUUCUUUUCUUUUUGCCUCUAAUGCAGAAAUCAACAGAAUCACUCACACAUACAAGUACACUCACAUAAACUAAUUAUUUCUCUGGAUAUCGUUCUGUGUUCCAUGUAAAUUUAUUUACCAACAUCUAUUGUCAACAUGUACAUCUACCUUAGUGUGGUCUGCAUUCUUUCUCUGAGUACCUCACAGGGCUCCUGCCUGAUCUUCGUAGUUUGUUCAUUCAUCCAUCCACCUGUUCAUUUGUUCAUCCAUGUAUUCUAACAUUUGUGUGUAGUGUGCAACUGUAAUGUCAUGCUUUUGAAGAAGAGAAUAGCUGCCCAUAGCAGCCAUCCGUCUGGAUAAUAGCAAAACACUCUAUAGAUAAGUUAUUUUGCACUUUCUUAUGUAUAAAGUUGGUAGAAACUUAUUUUUGCUUUGUAUCAUUUAAAUACAUUUUGUUUUGGUAAAUGAACUGUGUAUAAAAUAUUUAUGCCGUUAAAACUGUUUUUAGAAAGUAUUUUUAAUUUCAGCAAGUUUGGUUACUUGUUGCAUGACUAUUAACACAGCUGACUUUUUGUGUCAGUGCAAUGUAUAUUUUUUGUCCUGUUAUUAACUUGUAAGCCCUAGUAAUGGCCAAUUAUUUGUACAGCAACAGAAGUAAAUUGAAGAUACUGGCUAAGACUGGAUUGAUUGUGGACUUUUAUACUAUAUUGCAGAAACCAAUAUGUUUCUUGGUUAUGUAAAAGACCUGAAGAAUUACUAUCUAGUGUGCAAUCUGUGAUAUCUGAAUGUUCAUUGUAUAUUUGUCUCUGAUGCAAAAAGGUAGAGUAACACAAUUACAAUACAUGAUUAAAUGCAA